AUGGCCCCCCCUCCGCUCGGCCAAAUCGUCGAAACCAUCCUCUACACCUCCGACGUGGACAAGCUCGCCGCCUGGUACCGCGACGUCAUGGGCCUGACGCCCUUCUUCAGCGCGCCCGCGGGCGUCGGCUUCCAGCUGCCCGGCGACACGCUGCUGCUGCUCUUCGACCGGACCAAGGUGACGGAGGACCGCGCGUCGGAGCGGGGCGUGAUCCCCAAGCACGGCAGCCCGACGGGGCUGGGGCAGCACAUCGCGUUUGGGUGCGGCCCGGCGGCGACGACGCAGGAGGCGGAUGCGGCUAUCGAUGCGUGGGAGCAGCACUUCAAGGACAAGGGUGUCAAGAUUGUGGGCACGAUGAGGUGGGAGAGGGGUGGGAGGUCGGUCUAUGUGCAUGAUGCGGAGGGGCAUGUGAUUGAGGUGAUGACGCGGGGCGUGUGGCCGGUGUACUAG